AUGGAUGACGAAAAAGAGGGAAUUGCGAAUAUGAAAAUGAAAAAUAUUCCGAAUGAAGUAAAUUAUGGUAUCACUUAUGUCGGAGCUGCGAUUGUUCUUCGCGAUAAUAAUGGCAUUUUGGAACUAUUAAUGGUUCAAGAAGCCAAAAGAUGGUAUAUACCUGCAGGUCGUAUUAAACCUGAGGAAACUAUUAUGGAGGGAGUAUUGCGAGAAUUAUUUGAAGAAAGUGGAUUUCAUGGUGAAAUUAAGGAAUUCUUAAGUUUACAAGUCCAAGGAGCCGAUUGGUAUAGAUUCGUUUUCUACUGUGAUAUUAUUGGAGGCGAGAGGAAAAAGGUACCUGAUGGUGAAUCGCUUUCUGCAGAUUGGAUCUCAAUUGAUGAUAUAAAAGCUAGGAAUAUUGAUUUAAGAUUUUUAAGGUCUGCCGAUUUUUUAUGCCUUUUAAAUGAAGGUGUACGCUAUCGGCAGCUAAGGGAUGGUGGAUAUGGAGGACCGCAGUUCUUACCUGGCUUUAAAGAUGUUCCAGGAAUGUUCAUCGAAUUGCUUAUUACCAGAAUUUCAAGCUCAAAAAUCGAGAUAAUUGUACAUAGAAGAGUAAUUGACGCGAGCCAAUUGAAUUCAAUUCCCAAUGCAUUGCCUUCGGUUGAAUUCGGUUUCGAAUAUUCUUUAUCAUCUGUGAUUUCUAAAUGUUUCCAGAGUUCCACUGUUGACUAUAAGGAUGACACUUUUCGAGCCGAAAAUCAUUUGCGGAAAGAAAUAUAA